CAGAGAAGAGAGGAGACAUUCCGCUCCAACAGGGUUAAAGUCCCUCCCCUGCGAUACUGUUUACCACAUUAGUUGAUAAGUAACGGCUCAGUUCAUGUGAGUUUAGAGGCUGAUAAGCAUGUGAUCGUAGCUGCCCCCGGACCUGCAAUCAGCGUAAGAAGUCCCUGCCCUACAUCAGAUCAGAGUAAAAGCAUUGCUGUCAGCCGCUCUUCCUCUCCAGCAUGGUUCAGAAGGUGGCAGUGAUCGGCGCGGGGAUCUCUGGUCUGACCAGCAUCAAGGCCUGUUUGGAUGAAGGUCUGGAGCCUACCUGCUUUGAGAGCGGCCAUGACAUUGGAGGUCUAUGGAGAUUUAAGGAGAAGCCAGAGCCUGGACGUGCCAACAUCUAUCAGUCGGUGGUCAUCAACAGCUCCAAAGAGAUGAUGUCUCUCAGCGACUUCCCCCCUCCAGCUGAGCUCGCCAACAACAUGCACCACUCUGAGGUGCUGCUGUACAUGCGCCUCUACGCUCAGGCCUUCAAACUGCUGCAACACAUACACUUUAAGACUACUGUUGUCAGUGUGAGGCAGACCCCAGAUUUUGCAGCGACCGGCCAGUGGGAGGUGGAGACAGAGGGGAGAGAGGGUCCCAGGGAGACUCGUGUUUUUGAUGCAGUGAUGGUUUGUACGGGACACUACACCCAGCCUCACCUGCCACUCAGCGACUUCCCAGGUGUUGAGACUUUUAAAGGCAGAUAUUUCCACAGCUGGGAGUACCGCAACACUGAGGGUCUGCAGGGUAAAAGUGUGGUGGUGAUUGGGAUUGGGAACUCUGGAGGCGAUAUUGCUGUGGAUGUCAGUAGAGUUGCUCAGAAGGUGUACCUCAGUACCAGGAGCGGUGCGUGGGUGGUCGGCCGUGUAGGACAGGGGGGGCUCCCAGCUGAUCUAGUUGGGACUUCUCGAAUGGAUAUGAUGAAACAGAAGCUCUUCCCCUCGUGGAUUAACAGGAUGGUGGAGAAGAAGCUGGACGAAGCAUUUGACCACACAUUAUAUGGUCUGAAACCAAAACAUGGAUUUUUCGAACAGAUCCCUGUGGUGAAUGACGACCUGCCAGCUCGGAUCAUCUCAGGCCGUGUUCAGGUGAAACCAAAUGUGAAGGAGUUCCGUGGGUCCAGUGUGGUCUUCGUCGAUGGGAGCGUCAUAGACGAGGUGGAUGUAGUGGUGUUUGCCACAGGCUACAACUACAGCUUCCCCUUCCUGCCCCCAGCUCUGCAGGCUAAAAGUGGUUAUAGGCUACGUCUCUACAAGCAUGUGUUCCCUCCGGUACUGACCCAGCCUACUCUGGCAGUGGUGGGUUUCAUCCACGGCUUCGGGGCCAUCAACCCUCUGGCUGAGAUGCAGGCCCGCUGGGCUACAAGAGUGUUCAAAGGCUUCACGACCCUCCCCUCAGAAGAGACCAUGAUGAAGGAAAUUGAAAAAGAUACAGUAACCAUGCAACUGAGAUAUGCCUGCUCAGAGCGGAACCCCCUCCAGGUGGACUACAUUCCUUACCUGGACUCUCUGGCAGAGCAGGUGGGGGUUCGGCCAAACAUACUGUGGCUCUUCCUGAAGGACCCCAGACUGGCUGUGGAGGUUUUGCUGGGUCCCUGCACUCCUUAUCAGUACCGACUGACUGGACCGGGCCAGUGGGCCGGAGCCCGUCAGGCCAUUCUCACUCAGUGGGAGCGGGUGCGUCAGCCUUUCAGGACCAGAGUGGUACCAAAACCAGAGACCAGAGCCUCUUCUAGUCGGAGCGUCGUAGUGGUUAUCGCAGGUUCUGCGCUGCUGUGCUGCAUCUACUACAAUAAACACCUUCUCUCCUCUUUCUUCUCUCCUCCGGCAUUUCUCAGAUCUCCUCAAUACGCUGCAUGAUUAUGUACAUUUAUGAUAACAUAAUGAGGCAGCAGUGAAGCAGCACACUACAGCACCGUAUCUCAAAGUGCUAUAGGCAGAGCAUCUUCUUAGACUUUAAUGUGACAAUUUGAAUGAGAAAUAAAGUCUUCAAAAUCAA